GGACUACAGAAUCACCAUCUUUGCUACCUGCCACACCAUCAGGAGGAGUACCAGCGGACCGUCUUCCUCAGACACAGACCGCCCAUACCUCUGUCGCACCUGGCAACGCCUGGUCACCCACCGGCUGCUGUGCUCCAGACAGGAAGCUGGACCCAACCAGACCGCCUCAGACCGAGGAGACCGGGAGCAGAGGAGGUGCCAGGUCUUCAGGGUCCACUGCACCUCCUCCUCAUCAACAGGGACGAAGGGUUCCAGGACCAGCUCAUUCAGAGUGACAGAUGGAGGGGUGGAGUUUAUCUGAACCACUUCCUGUUUGUCUUAGCUACUUCCUGUUUACUGUAAAUGUGAAAUGUUUGGUUAAUCUGAACUAGUUUGUUUAUCUGAACUACUUCCUGUUUACUGUAAACACGUUUGUUUUGUUUUUAUUUGAAUAAGUUUAUAAUAAAACAGAUCUUUAACA